GUAUUUACGAAUGCACCGGAUUAUAUCGGUUGUUGUAGCAACCGCUUUAAAGCGCAAUAGCGUCGGUUUGCAUCUGUGGUGUGUUGAUGUAUUUAUAUAAAUAUAAGUUGAAGUAGCGAUAUGUUUGUUAAAAUCUAUUAGUCUACGUUCAGUGGCGAGCUGUAGUGAUGGUUUGCCUUUGAUAAAGUUACCUUAAGUAUCACACCUCAGCUAAAUGCUAAUGAGCCAACUAAGCCAAUCCUAACACUGGUUUAGCUAGGCACGUUUACAUACCGGUAAAUAACGUUGCAUUCGUUUGCCCAUCGUAUUUUAGUGUAAGUUACUGGUUGUUUUAUAGUUGCACCAUGUCGGCUGUCAGCAGUCUCGUCCCUGCACGCUUCCUGACUCUCACAGCUCACCUUGUCAUCGUUAUCACAAUCUUUUGGUCGAGGGAACACAACGUGAAGGCUUGCUUGCCUUUGGAUUUCACGCAAGAGCAGUAUGACGAUGAAGACAUGAAGUUGGUGGUGGGAUUGGCCGUCACCCUCGGUCUCUUUGCUGUAGAGUUGGCUGGGUUCUUCUCAGGAGUGUCCAUGUUCAACUGCAGCCAAGGUCUCCUGUCAACAGGAGCCCAUGCCAGUGCAUCAGUGGCUCUGCUUUUCUUUCUAUUUGAGCAGUGGGAGUGUGACAUCUACUGGUGGAUCCUUGCCAUUUGCAGUGUGCUACCUGCCUUCGUGGAGAUUUUUCUGUUUAUAGCUGUUUUUGGACUGAAGAAGAAGCCAUUAUGAAAGAAACUCCUGAAGCUACAAAUGAGUGUGGAUGUGGACAACUGCCUCGCUGUAUCAACAGACACUGUAGUUACAGAGGGUCUGUGAUUCAAUGAUAAUGUGCAGAGUAAUGAACUGAAAAACUGUGUUUUACUGAGUUAUGUGAAUACAGUGCACCAACAUACAUCAAAGGGAUAUACAGGCCACUUUCUGUCUGUCGUUUUAUAUUUUUAUACAUUUAGGUUUUCAUUAACCGUAAACAUUGAUGUGGUUUUAUGUUUGCAUUCUAUCUGUCAAAUUCCUAUGGAAGGUCUCGAAUGCUAUUAUAAUGCCAAAUACAUUUUGUAUAAAUUCUUUCUCAAGCUGUUGAUGGUCGCCAAUUAUUUUUGCUCUGAAACGAUUUGGCAUUUGUGUUUAUUUUUGCCUCUCUGGGACAUCUGUUUCACAGCAUGUAGAAAUACUGCUUUCUUCACCCAAAUUAGCAGGCCCUCAAAUGUAAUACCCUUUUAAGCAUUUGAAAAUGUUGAGCUUUUGGUUUAGUAAACAGCCUGAGCCUUUUUGUAAAUGUUGGAAAGCAUCACAUUAAUGAUUUUACAAUAUAUUCAUAAAAACGGGGUUACAACAAUGACGCAGAGUUUCUAUAUGAUGUUUCCCUACAGCAAAUGGGUAUCCUAUUAAAAAAAAAGCCACUAAAUAGCAGAACGAAACCUUUUUGAAGAUGCUAAUGGUAAUACACUAAUUUGCAGUACAGGCUUUCCUAUUUUAGCAGGAAUUCAUGGUUUAAUGUACGGUUCAAAUGUGUCAUUAAACAAAAUAAAG